AUGCAUCCAUCGUUACAAAUACUUAGUAGGUCAAUCUGGAAGGGACCGCAUAUUGUGCCGUUACCAAUAGCGAAGGCUAUACAGAACAAAUCAAGUAUAAGAACCAAAGCCCGUAACUGUACGAUAAUACCGCAAUUUGUUGGACUCAAGUUUGAAGUACAUAAUGGGAAGGAUUACGUCGAGGUCGAGGUCACUGAUGACAUGGUAGGUUCUAAAUUGGGCGAAUUUGCGCCAACGAGAAAGAGAUUUAUGUACAAAUACUCCAAGAAUUAA